UUGAAGGAUGUUUUGUAGACGUGGUGCACAGUUAGCCAGUUAACGUUAGCUAGGUAACGGCUAAAACGUCACGGCUUAAGCUACAUCAGCUAAGUGACCCAAUGUUGAUUUUAACGUUUAAAAGAAUAUUAAUAAGCAAUAAUUAAUCCUGAAAAUAUGUUAGACUUUGCCAUAUUCGCCGUGACAUUUGUGGUUAUUUUGGUCGGUGCUGUGCUGUAUUUAUACCCGUCGUCAAGGCGAGCUUCUGGUGUUCCAGGUUUGAACCCGACUGAAGAGAAGGAUGGCAACCUGCAGGACAUAAAAAACAGAGGAAGCCUGCAUGAGUUCCUGGUCGGACUUCAUGAACAGUUUGGCCCUGUGGCAUCGUUCUGGUUCGGGCGGAGACCAGUAGUGAGCCUGGGCUCUGUAAAUGAACUGCGACAGCACAUCAACCCCAACUGGACCACGGAUUCCUUCGAGACGAUGCUCAAGUCCUUACUUGGCUACCAGUCAGGAGCCGGCGCAGGAGGGACGGAGGCGCUGAUCAGAAAGAAAGUGUAUGACGGAGCCAUCAACAAAAGCCUGGAGAACAACUUCCCUCUUCUGCUCAAACUGGCCGAGGAGCUGGUUGAAAAGUGGGAGUCGUAUCCCAAGACCCAGCACGCGCCCCUUUGCGCUCACCUGCUAGGGCUGGCCAUGAAGGCUGUGACUCAGCUCUGCAUGGGGAGCCGCUUUGCGGAAGACGCCCAAGUCAUCUGCUUCCGCAAGAACCACGAGGCUAUUUGGUCUGAGAUUGGAAAAGGUUAUCUGGACGGGUCUAUGGAGAAGAGCUCCAGCAGGAAGGCGCACUAUGAGAGCGCUCUGUCCGAGAUGGAGUCCAUGCUAAAGUCUGUUAUAAAAGAGCGAAGCGGUCGUGGAUCGAGUCAGUCGGCUUUCAUGGACUCUCUACUGCAGGCCAAGCUGUCAGAGAGACAGAUAAUGGAAGAGAGCAUGGUGUUCACCCUCGCCGGCUCGGUCAUCACUGCAAAUCUGUGCAUCUGGGCCGUCCACUUUCUGUCCCUGUCAGAGGCAGUGCAGGAGAAGCUAUAUCAGGAGUUAACAGAGGUGCUGGGUGACGAGCCCGUGUCCCUGGACAAGAUUCCACAGCUCAGAUACUGCCAACAGGUCCUGAAUGAGACGGUGCGCACAGCCAAACUCACCCCGAUAGCAGCCAGGAUGCAGGAGGUGGAAGGGAAGGUGGAUGCACACAUCAUUCCUAAAGAGACUUUGGUUGUCUACGCUCUCGGCGUUGUCCUGCAGGACUCAGACACAUGGACGUUACCCUACAGGUUCGAUCCGGAUCGAUUUACAGAUGAGGCAGUAAUGAAGAGCUUCUCGCUGUUGGGAUUUUCAGGAAAUCAGGCCUGUCCUGAACUUCGGUUUGCGUAUACUGUGGCGACGGUGCUGCUGAGCUCAAUGGUGCGCAGGCUACGGCUGCACCGUCUUGAGGGCCAGGUGGUGGAGUCCAGGUACGAGCUCGUGACCACGCCGAAAGAUGACACCUGGAUCACAGUUAGCAAGAGGAACUGAUACAGCAGAUUCACACGCAAACAUGAAGGACACUCUGAUGAUAUCAGUUUUCCAGGACGUCAGACGUAGUGCUGUGUUCUUGAUGAUUUCUGUCGUUUAUAGCAAACAUCAGACAUGACUCCCGGACAAAAACGAUUUCUAAUGCCUUGUGAAGUGUUAGUUGAUGGUUUAAUGAGUCGCUUGAAUUAGCCAUUUAAUACCUGAUUCCUUUUCUAUAAAUAAUUCUGCAGUUUGUUUCUGUUUAAGUCAUUCCAUUAAUCAAUAAUAUCUUAUUUGCUGUUAUUUUACUACUAAAAAGUAAAAAAAAAGGGUCGUUUUGUUUUUUUAUGAGAUUUAAAAGUCAGAACAAUUCUGUAUUUGUACAAAACCAGUGCAAGAAUUUGCAUACCCUUUAGACAAAAUAAAGACAGAUGUUUAUCACAUUUGUAAAAAAGGUAGCAAAAUAAUUUUAAGAUAUUAAUGGUAAGAAAUAAACUGACGUUACACAA